CUUUUUCCUGCACCUUCUUCACUUCUCUUGCUUCUUUCAACAUCAAUGGCCUCCUCCUCCCCUCUCCUCCACCUCCUCCUCCUCCUCUUGCUCACCCUCUCCACCGCCACAGCCACCGUCCGCCACCGUCCCACCGCCUCCCACAACUACCAUGACGCCCUCACAAAGUGCAUUCUUUUCUAUGAAGGCCAGAGGUCCGGCAAACUUCCACCCAACCAAAGAAUGACUUGGCGAAAAGACUCCGGGCUUUCCGACGGAUCCGCCAUGAAAGUGGAUUUAGUAGGUGGGUACUAUGAUGCUGGUGAUAAUAUUAAGUUUGGGUUUCCUAUGGCGUUCACCACCACAAUGCUGUCGUGGAGUGUGCUUGAAUUCGGUGGUGUGAUGAAAAGUGAGUUGGGUAAUGCCAAAACCGCUAUUCGGUGGGCCACUGAUUAUCUUCUUAAAGCUACUGCACAACCCGACACCAUUUAUGUUCAGGUUGGUGACGCGAACAAAGAUCACGCGUGUUGGGAAAGACCAGAAGACAUGGAUACACAAAGAACCGUUAUAAAAAUCGACCGGAACAACCCUGGAACUGAAGUUGCAGCUGAAACAGCUGCUGCUCUUGCUUCUGCAAGUUUGGUGUUCAGAAAAUCUGAUCCUAAUUACUCCAAAAUCCUCCUUAAACGUGCAAUUAUGGUGUUUGCAUUUGCUGAUAAGUAUAGAGGUUCAUAUAGUGAUGGGCUUAAGAGUUUUGUGUGUCCAUUUUACUGUUCUUAUUCUGGAUACCAGGAUGAGUUGUUGUGGGGAGCUGCAUGGUUGCAGAAAGCUACAAGAAGCCCUGCAUAUUUAAAUUACAUUCAGGCAAAUGGUCGAACACUUGGUGUGGAUGAAAAUGACUGUACAUUUAGCUGGGACAAUAAGCAUGCUGGUGCCAAGAUUCUUCUCUCCAAGGCGUUUCUUGUCCAAAAGGUUCAAUCUCUCCAUGAUUACAAGGGUCAUGCAGAUAGCUUCAUUUGCUCACUUGUUCCAGGAGCUCCUUCUUCUCAAGCCCAGUACACCCCAGGGGGGCUUUUGUUCAAGAUGGAUGACAGUAAUCUGCAGUAUGUGACAUCGACAACGUUUUUAUUGGUAACCUAUGCCAAAUACUUGACCCAAUCGCACAAGGUUGUGAGCUGCGGUGGCACCAUCGUGACCCCUCGACGGCUACGAACCAUUGCCAAGAAACAGGUCGACUACUUGCUCGGUGAUAAUCCAAUGAGGAUGUCGUUUAUGGUAGGAUAUGGUCCACGAUACCCACAAAGGAUCCACCAUAGGGGAUCGUCUCUGCCAUCAGUCUCUGCUCAUCCAGCUAAAAUCGAUUGUGGGUCAGGGUUUAAUUUCAUGCAUUCGGAGUCUCCAGACCCGAACGUACUCGUGGGAGCUGUGGUCGGUGGACCCGAUGAACAUGACCGUUAUACCGAUGAACGAUCCGAUUAUUUCCAGGCGGAACCGGCAACGUACACAAAUGCACCACUUGUUGGAACAUUGGCGUAUUUGGCUCAUUCAUUUGGGCAGAUUUAGAGGCAUAUGAAUUAUGAAUUUAAGUAUUUGAAUUGAAUGUAAUUGUGUUUUAUUUAGAUCUUGGAAUUGUGGAGAUUAUUAUUUCCUGGAGCCCUUGAGAAAUUGUUGUAAAAGGGGGGUUAUGUGUUCAGGAUUUGCAUUGUUGUUCAAAAAAAUCUAGAGUACAAGUAUGUGACCAAUGAGAAUGCUUUUAUUAUAUGAUCACAAUUUAUAAA